CGGGGCGGGCGCUGUGGGCUCAGUGGCCGCAGGAAGGCGCCCGCGACCGCUGCCUCCGGGGCCGCGCCUCCCUCGCCUCUCUGGCGGCCGCUCUGCCGCGUCCACACCGACUGCGCCAGGCGCAGGCGCAGCCCCCAGACGCGAAGCUGGUGCUCCCUGGCUGUCGCGGUGACCCCGCCCCCGGGCCCAGGAUGUGAGGCCGGCCCGGCGUCCCCGCGGCGGGCCGGGGCGGUGAGGGGCCCGCGGGCGCCAUGGAGGGCGUGCUGUACAAGUGGACCAACUACCUGAGCGGUUGGCAGCCUCGAUGGUUCCUUCUCUGUGGGGGAAUACUGUCCUAUUACGAUUCUCCUGAAGAUGCCUGGAAGGGUUGCAAAGGGAGCAUCCAGAUGGCGGUCUGCGAGAUUCAAGUUCAUUCUGUAGAUAACACGCGCAUGGACCUCAUCAUCCCCGGGGAACAGUAUUUCUACUUAAAAGCCAGAAGUGUGGCAGAGAGACAGCGGUGGCUGGUGGCUCUGGGAUCUGCCAAGGCCUGCCUGACAGAUAGUAGGACUCAGAAGGAAAAAGAAUUUGCAGAAAACACUGAAAACUUGAAAACCAAAAUGUCGGAGCUAAGGCUGUACUGUGACCUCCUUGUUCAACAAGUAGAUAAAACAAAAGAAGUGGCCACAGCUGGUGUCACUGACUCUGAGGAGGGAAUUGAUGUGGGAACUUUGCUGAAAUCGACCUGCAACACUUUCCUGAAGACCUUGGAAGAAUGCAUGCAGAUUGCAAAUGCAGCCUUUACCUCUGAACUGCUCUACCAUACACCCCCAGGGUCCCCUCAGCUAGCGGUGCUGAAGUCCAGCAAGAUGAAACAUCCUAUCAUACCAAUUCAUAAUUCAUUGGAAAGGCCCAUGGAAUUAAACAGUUGUGAAAAUGGAUCACUAAGUAUAGAAGUAAAUGGUGAUGAAGAAAUCCUAGUGAAAACCAAGAGUUCCUUAUAUGUGAAGUCUGCAGAGGUGGAUGGCAGCAUCUCCAGUGAAGAAAACACAGACGAUAAUGUGACAGUCCAGGGUGAGAUAAUGAAGGAAGAUGGAGAGGAAAACCUGGAGAGUCAUGACAAGGAUCUGGCACAGCCUGGAUCAAACUCGGUUUGCUUGCCAGAAUCUCCCUGGGAAGACAAUGAAGAAGUUAUUCCAACUUUCUUCAGUACUAUGAAUACCAGCUUUAGUGACAUUGAACUUCUGGAAGACAGUGGCAUUCCCACAGAAGCAUUCUUAGCAUCUUGCUAUGCGGUGGUUCCAGUACUAGACAAACUUGGUCCCACAGUGUUUGCUCCUGUUAAGAUGGAUCUUGUUGGAAAUAUUAAGAAGGUAAAUCAGAAGUACAUAACCAACAAGGAAGAGUUUACUACCCUCCAGAAGAUAGUGCUGCAUGAGGUGGAGGCCGAUGUAGCUCAGGUCAGGAACUCAGCCACAGAGGCCCUCUUGUGGCUGAAGAGAGGUCUCAAAUUUCUAAAGGGAUUUUUGACAGAAGUGAAGAAUGGAGAAAAGGAUAUCCAGACAGCACUGAAUAAUGCAUACGGCAAAACAUUACGGCAACACCACGGCUGGGUAGUUCGAGGGGUUUUUGCGUUAGCACUGAGAGCAGCACCAUCCUAUGAGGACUUUGUGGCUGCGCUAACCAUAAAAGAAGGCGACCACCAGAAAGAAGCUUUCAGUGCUGGGAUGCAGAGGGACCUCAGCCUUUACCUCCCUGCUAUGGAAAAGCAGCUGGCCAUACUGGACACGUUAUAUGAGAUCCAUGGGCUGGAAUCUGACGAAGUCGUGUGACAGCCACAGGACAGCACCUCCUAACUUCAGGGAAUAAAGUCUGCUAAAGUGUUGUGUUGCCCUAGUUAAUUUCCAGCAACAGCUUUGAUACUCUCCAGUACCUUUCCUUGGGGAGAUGGACAUGAGGAAGUCCUAGUGCUUUUAUUUAGAAUUGUUGUUAAUGCAUAUAUGUUUCAUGUGUUUAAAAAUCAAGGUGCUAAAUAUUUCAUCAGGCCUACUGGAAACCAGAUCAUCACUGUCCCAGACUUGAAUAGCAGGGCAGUAAGAGCAAAACUGACAGAUGAAUUUGUUGGGAUCACACUUGUAUUCCUCUAUUUCAGUUACUAGUUUUAAUGGGCCACUCAAACCCAAGCAGUAUGCAGGACUAUAAUAUAAAGCCAGUGUUUAAAAUAGCUUAGAAGUUCAUUGAGCAUCAGAGGGAGUGUAAGCCCCUUUGUUGAAGGACUUGCUGUGUCAGAGUUUGCUAUUCCUAGACUUUCUUAAGUGGGUCCUUUCUCUAUCGCUCUGCUGAAGGAAAGGGCUAUGUAGUGAAGACAUUUGGGCAGUUGUGGGAAAACAUUGACAAGAACUGCCAUGCCUACUAUCAUGUGGGACAGUGGCUCAAGAAGAUGACCUCAGCCCAUAAACAGAAUAGAAAGGAGGGGUAAGUCAUUUGGGUGAUACAUGCCACUCUUUGCCAACACAAUACAUUUCCUGUGUGUUAUCUGAAUUGGACACCAUAACAAAACAAUGACUUUAAAGAGGGCAUUUAAUCCUACUUUACAAGUAAAACUUACAAUAGGAGGUUUGCUCACAUUCGUGUAGUAUCUUGUUCCUGGUGAUUUAAUUUUAUUUAUUUAUUUAUUUAUUUUGUCUGCUUCAUUAACUCUCUUCAGCAAAAAACCCAAGUAGCUUCCAAAUGUGGUCUAGAUCGCCUCUGUAUUGAAGUCACAUGACAUGCUGUUUCAAAGAACAGAUCCUAGAACAUACUUGGAGAACCCAGAUCUAGAGGGGAAACAGAAAUGUCCCUGUGGGUAACCUUUCUAGGUGACACUCAAAUAUAAAGCUGAAGAGCCAAAUUCCCAUUUGAAUUCUAGUUUACAGAAUUCCCAGUCUUCUGUAGAAACCAAAUAAAACACCGUCCCUCCAGAGGAAGGGGCCGUCAUUCAAGUAUGAUAAUUAAAUGGAGAGCGAGUAGACCAGCAGCUGGUGCAACAGCUUGUGGCAUUCUUCUAUAAAGACAGACAAGAUGCCCCGUCUCCCCGAAAUGGACCAGGCUGCCUCAGUGUGCAUAGGGAAGAAGCAGGAAUGCCUUCCCCAGUCCAGUAGAGACUGCUUCCUCCUAGCAACGAGAAGAGUUGCUGCAGCAUAAGCAGUCCCCUGAAGAAAGCUAGCCCUUUGCCACGCACAGGUAAAGGGAGUGGCUGUGCACACUGCUCUUGUUGCUGUGUACACUAGGGCUCUGCAGAGAACUUUGCAGGAAAGGUACUAAUUUUGUCUUUUGUCUGUCUUUAAACAAGUGGGUAUUUACUCAAAUUCAUGCAGCAGUAGAGUAGGCCACAGUAGUCCCUGCAGUCCCAGCUCCUGAGAAGUGUGAGGGUAAAGUAUUAUUUGAGGUCAGCAUUUGGAGGUUAACCUGAACAACAUAGCAAGACCUUGCCUCUUAAAAACACUUUUAGUAAAAUUUUAAGCCAAGCAAGCAUUUUGCCAGCAUGAGAAGUUCUAGAAAUUAAACUUAGGAAAAGGAGGAGUGGGCUGGACUUACAGUAUACUACUUUGCUCUCGUAAGAGUUUCAUGUGGCUCCUCUUCUCUGGCUAAUGGAAAGGGGGGUGGCAGGGCUAGGGCGUAACUUACACCUCCUGCCCUGGACAUAGCCUCUAAAGACAGGAAAAGAAAAGUAGCCAACCUAGUUGUCUCUGAGGGUGGGCACUUUGGGCUAAGUGCCCUUGGUGGGCUCUGCUACCAGGAAAUUGACGUUAAGCAUGGCUGUGAUAUGUAGCUGCAGGUGCCUCUGUGAUCUCUAGAGUCUAGGGGCUGGCACUCUGAGAACAUCUUUGUCCAGGUCCUCACUAAGGCCUGAAGUGCACACAGAAGGAGAGCUUCCUUGCAGGACAGUCUGAGUUUGUAAAUUCAUUCGUAGUAGUACUUGGUUUCUCGCUUUAGUUUAAGCUAAUUUUUUUCUGUCUGAUUUUCAGUUACUUUCUAAGAAAUGAGAAAAAGAACCUGAAGGUGCUCCCUGGAGCCCUCCCAAGAGCCCUGGUAUUCCUAAGCCACCCUCACCCUGACAGGUGAAGAACUGGUUUGUUUGUUGUCAGAAUGCUCACCUUCUCUUCAUUGCUAACAGUUUUUGAAUUAUUUUCCUAGCAUAAUCUUGAGACUAGGGAAUGUGUCUUGCCGUAGAGCAGCAGGACUGACUGACUAGCACUGACUGGCAGCUUACAGAGCACAGCCCCACCUCCGUUCAUCAGUCUGCCCUUCACCCUCACCCAGUGAAGCUCGGCUCCACACAGGCUAGCAUCAGGAUGUGUGCUGAACUAAACAAAAGCUUUUUAAUUGUGAUAAGCCUUAUGUCUUUUGAAAAUAGAUCUGAUUAUAACUAAAACCUACUGACAUGCUGACUUGGAGGAGUAUCUUUAAGGGAAGAAACCAUCUUGUAACUGAGGCAGAGUUGACAGUUCUUGACACAGCCCAGAAGGGAGGCCAGAGGGUACUGUAGGAAUGCAGUGGCUUGUUACUAUGUCCAGAUCAUUCUAAACAUGAGAGCAUCCCCCAGUGUCACUUAGCAUAUUGGGGACAUCUGAGUGGCCUCCUUCAGCUUGGCAGCCUUUCUUCGCUGCUGAGCACUGCUAGCAGUGACAGCCUCCCAUCAGCUUGCCACAGUGCUUUCCUCUCCCAGCUCUGUUUCCUCCUCUUCAGCAGCAGCAGCCCACCUAGUGCAGGAUCUGUUAAAUACCUAGCCAAAAUGCCGGUGCUUAGGGCAGAUGCCAUGUUCACGUUUGUAGCUGUAAGGUAGGGGAGAGUCAUCAUGGGAGAGCUGAGUGCCACAGGAAUGUGCAUCCUCUGUUUUGAUUGCUUCAUGUACAGUUAGUGCAGUCAGUAUCUAUCUAAGGAGUGUUUUCAGGUGCUAGUGUAUGGUGAGGUCCAUAAAUACAGGGCACUUCAGCUGAAGAACUCUAAAGAAAACUAGUCAAGCUGUAAAGGUCUCUCUCUCUUUCUCUCUCUCACACACACACAUAUAUAUGCACAUGUAUAUGUGUGUGUGUGUAUGGGAUGGAGAGAUUUCAGACAAAACAACAGAAAAGUCAGAGGGUUGUGAGCAAUACAAGUUAUAAGGCAUUUUGGAGACUUUCUGGAUUUUUUUUUUAAUGUACUUCCUACUACACCACUAUGUCCUUCAGGCAUGGGGCUAUGUCAUGUUGUGUUUCUGAAUCACCAGUUCAAACCACUGCUUCUGAUUUAGUCACAGGUUUACAGCGGUUCAAAUCCCUACCCUCAUACGUCACUUCACUACCACUCAUUUUUAAAUUCAAGGCUGUCUGGAUGUAGAAGUUCUGAGUAACUGCAAUAUGUGUUGGACCAUCACUUUGAUUGAUGAUCUAAUGUGUUUGAGCAUACAGAGCCAGACCUGGGAUGCUUUGUGACACUGUGCAGUCUGCAUGGUUGUGUGCAUUAGACCCAUCCUGUGACAUGCACAUGAAGUGCUGUAUUGACAAAUGUGUUCUACUUCCAUAUGACCCUUUGUAACUUGCAGUAGCUUACUCAGAGCUACACAAUAAUGACAUAAAUAUCCACUAGCUGUCUAGUGGCAUUUGAAGACUUUAUCCAUGACACAGUUAUAGAUAUAGUACAUUAGUUGAGGGUCCUUCACUGCACACUGGCCCUUCCCUGUGAAUUCUCCCGGUCCAACCCUGUCUAGACUAUCCUGCAGACCAUUUGCAUGAUUUCUUGCUAUACAGCUGCAUUUGGGAACUCUAGGGCAUGAUUACCCAGUCACUGAUGACACCUCUGGUACAGAUGUUGCAUGCAUUGAUCUCUCUUCUCCAUUGUCUAUAUAGCCUUUAAUGGAAAGGAAAAAUGCCACUACUCUGCAAUGCAAAGUUUUCAGAAUUCUUGUAAAUUGUGAAUCCUUGAGUCACUUCUUUAGUGUGGAAAGUGCUUCAGAGCUGUGUAGGGACAUCCUGCUUGUUUCAAAUAUAUAUUUGUAUAUUUAAAGCAUGGUCAGUAUCUUCCCUUUACACAUAUCUUGGGCAAAGUGGUCACCUCACCCUGGAGUGGGUGGUUCCAUCAGCCUUAGGAUGGAUGGCUUCAUUACACAGCUGAUCUCAUUCACAGAGAGCCCUGUGUGUGUCCAUUCAGAUGUGUAGGUGGGGUCAGUGAAGAGAAGGAUGAUAUAGAUGGCUGAUGAGCCAGCUUCAUGGCAUGGGGUAAUGGAUGAUUCCCUGUGCCAUGAGAAUUUCCCUAGAAUGUCAUUAAACAGCCCAACUACCUCAUGUGAAAUUGGCUGUGGACAAUCUGUGUUUGAUGAGAAAUGUGUUUGCAGAAAUUUAUUCUGGUUAAUAAGUUGAACGGUGCAGUGUCUCUAUGAAGAAGAAACAUGUUAUACCAGAUGCCAAAGGCUAAACUACACGUAGAUUUUCUCAGACUCAUUUCUAUGUUGAUGUUUAUUCCACAGUCUGGAUCCUCAUGAACGUUUGUAGUUUUGUAGAGCCACAUGCUUUGGAUAUCUGUCACAAUCACCUCUUGUCCCUCAGUAUUUUGAAUGAACAUCAUAAUGCUGAUAGGAACCAAGUUAAACUACGAAAAUGUCAAACAAUUUGUGGCUUCUUAAUUUAAUGGACCUUUACUUAGAAAUGUAUUGGAGCCUUUUAGGACCAAUUGUUGAGUGAAAAUCUUGUGUGCAGAUGUGUCUGCUUCUCUGUCCAAAUUGUUAUUCCUGUAUUUCAUGAAAAGUGGGGCAGGGGUGAGGGUUUUACUUUCUUUGGAGAAUGUUUAAAGACAUCUGUCAGAUUUUUAUAUUAAUUAGUUACAAUAAACAUAUUUUUAGAGUA